AUGUCUGAACUCUGGACCAAGCCAACGGGGUCCUCGUCGGCCCUCUGGGCCAAGCCCUCCGCCAUACCCGAGUCGCAGUCCCACAACCCCUCAGCCACGCCUCUCUCCGAGGCCCAGACGAGGGUCCGCCACCCCGGAAGGCGAUUUGCGCAAAUCGUGAAGCUGAAGCCCGAGUACUACGACAAGUACAAGGAGGUGCACGCGGCCGUCUGGCCCGAGGUGCUGAGGCAGAUCAAGGCUUGCAACAUCGUCGACUACAGCAUUUUCCAUGACUCCGAUUCAAACAUCCUCUUUGCGACUUUCAAAUACGUCGGAUACGAUUACGCCGGGGAUAUGGAGAGGAUGAGGGAGAACCCCAAGGUGCGGGAGUGGUGGAAGAUGACGGACGAGUUCCAGGAGUCGCUGGUCCCCGGGGCCAAGAGCAGCGAGGACGGCGAGCCGUCGUGGUGGAAGCCCGUUGAGGAGGUCUUUUACCAGGCUUAA